AGGUCUCCAAAGGUGCAGCAGCCACAACAAUCCCGCAGUUCAAAGUUAAGCAGCAGUUGCACAACUUCCAGCAGCUCCCUUCGCCUGCUGCUAAUGAGCUGAAAGCCAGGGACAUCUAAGGAGGUGAGCAGGAGGCUCUCAGUCUGCCUCCCUUCCUCAGAGCCAGCCGGCACUCCUGCCUCCCAUCCUCAGAUAACUUUGAGAUAGAAGUCCUUGCCCUUCAAUUGCCUGGCGACCAUGGCUCCCUUUGGAAGAAACUUGCUCAAGACUCGGCAUAAAAAUAGAUCUCCAACUAAAGACAUGGAUUCGGAAGAGAAGGAAAUUGUGGUUUGGGUUUGCCAAGAAGAGAAGAUUGUCUGUGGUUUAACUAAACGUACCACCUCGGCUGAUGUCAUUCAGGCUUUGCUGGAAGAACACGAGACUACAUUUGGAGAGAAACGAUUUCUUCUGGGGAAGCCCAGUGAUUACUGCAUCAUAGAAAAGUGGAGGGGCUCAGAACGGGCUCUGCCUCCCCUAACCAGAAUCCUGAAGCUUUGGAAAGCAUGGGGGGAUGAGCGGCCCAAUAUGCAAUUCGUUUUGGUUAAAGCCGAUGCUUUUCUACCAGUUCCCUUGUGGCGGACAGCUGAAGCCAAAUUAGUACAAAACACAGAAAAACUGUGGGAGCUCAGCCCUGCAAAUUACAUGAAGACGUUACCACCAGAUAAGCAAAAAAGAAUAGUCAGGAAAACAUUCCGGAAACUGGCUAAAAUUAAGCAGGACACAGUUUCCCAUGAUCGAGACAGUAUGGAGACCUUAGUUCAUCUGAUUAUUUCCCAGGACCACACUAUUCAUCAGCAAGUCAAGAGAAUGAAAGAACUGGAUCUGGAAAUUGAAAAGUGUGAGGCUAAGUUCCACCUGGAGCGGGUAGAAAGUAAUGGAGAAAAUUAUGUCCAGGAUGCAUACUUAGUGCCCAGUUUCAGUGACGUGGAUCAGAAGCUGGACUUGCAGUAUGAUGAAAACCAGAUUCUGGAGGACCUGAGCAAAAGUGAUGGAAUCCUGCAGCUGGAGGAACAGCUCAUAUAUUACAGAAUGCUCAUUGAUAAGCUCUCGGCUGAAAUCGAAAAAGAGGUCAAAAGUCUUUGCAUGGAGAUACAUGAAGAUGUGGAAGGGGCAGCUGCAAGUGAACUUGAAAGCCUGAAUUUAGAAAGCGUUAAGUGUGAUUUGGAGAAAAGCAUGAAAGCUGGCUUGAAAAUCCACUCUCACUUGAGUGGCAUCCAGAAAGAGAUUAAAUACAGUGACUCAUUGCUCCAAAUGAAAGCAAAAGAAUAUGAGCUCCUGGCCAAGGAGUUCAGUUCAGCUCAUAUUAGCAACAAAGAUGGAUGCCAGCUAAAGGAAAGCAGAGGGAAGGAGCCCGAGGCCCCCUGCAGCUGUGGGGAGGCUCCUCCCUCUACUCAAAGACUAUUUAGCACGUACACAAAUGACACAGACUCGGACACUGGCAUCAGCUCCAAUCACAGUCAGGACUCAGAAACCACCGUAGCUGAUGUGGUGCUGUUGUCAACGUAAUUGGAAUGUCUUCUUUGACCUACUUUCGUGUUGUUCAUGCUUGUUUAAUUUACCAGGAAACUUUAUUUCAAAUAUUACAUGCUGAAAAAAAAAGUUAAUCCUGUUAAAAUCUUCACUAGUUAAUAAAAGCUAGAGAAAUGUGUAAGCUUGUUUUUGAUUAAAGAUAUCCAAGGUGACCUCAUUAUUACUAGUUCAAAUGAUGAACUGUUUAUUAGGAAUGCAGCACAAAUAGCUUGCAAUCGUAUAAGAGAAAUGAUUUGAUGGGAGUUAUAACCUCCCAUAACUUCUAUGAGAAAUGACAUAAAACCAAUUCUUAAUAUUAGGCAGUCAUAUUAUUCAAGCUACACUCAUGAACAGUUAAAAUGCUGUAAUAGAUUUUUUUGAUGCUGUAUUAUUGAAAUUUUUUAUAUCUGUAAAGUACAUGACAGGCACUGUAUUGUAACUAUAUUAAUUCAAAUCUUGAUUCAUCUCAUUGAUACUUAUAAUGUACAUUAUCUUUGUCACUUCCUGAACCCCUCUCUACCUUUCUGGACUUAAACAACAGGAAGUGGGAAGGGCUGCUGGUGGGACAUGUACAAAGACCAGCAGUGGAUCGGAUGGGGGUAGAGAUGAGGGAAGGGCCAAGGGCUGCAUGCAACAGCAAUUUUUUUUCUAAAGAAGCCUGAAGUGACUAAGACAUAAGCAUAUGUUUUCUCUAGCUGGCAAUACCAGUCUUCUGAUUCCACCAAUGGUCUGUGCAGCUUCAUUUUUUGAAGGAGGUAUGGUGUGGGUUACAGAGAAAAUCACAUGGUCGUAGUCCUGUUUGUUUACAACUAAAGUUGAAGGGAUGCAACUCAGAGUCCUUUGAAUGGGUAAAAUAGAGUCUAUAGGCCAUUUUAUCUGUGAACAUGUAGAGUGCAGAGAGGAACUCACAUGGACAAAAACACAUUUAUUCUGCUGUACUGUAAUUCAGAUCAUCUUUGUUGUACUUCAUGUAAGGUGCAAACUAAAAAAAGUACUAGCUCAAUCCCCUACUCCCAAGCAUGCUAGUAAAUAUACAACAAAUAAAAUGAAUUUUUUUUUUACAUCCUGCCUUGACUAACAAUCAUUAUAGUGCCAGACUAUACUUGGUUUUGCCUGGUUUUUAGUUUAGAAGUUCCUGUCUUUCUCCUGUUUUCUCUCUUUCUCCUCUCACUUCCUUGCUUCUGGCCAGUGAACACGAUAAAUCAUAUGGAAACAAUUUUAUUGUACUGUUAAAUGAAUACUGCCACAGUUUAUUUUUAUUUAGCUGACAUUUAUCUUGUAUGCCACAGCACAUGUAAGUAGAAAUAUUAUUUUACUUAUAUAUGAAUAACUAAUAUAUGAAUAUUGGUUAAGAUUCCCAGAAUUUCUUCUGUUUGUUGUUAUGCUUACUGUAGUGCAUAUUGUAGUUGUUUUUUAAUCUAUUUCUUUUAUUCCUCCAUCCCCCAGAGUUUUCAUCAAUCUUUGGGAAAAUAUUUUUAAUUUCACUUUGGGGAAGAAUCUAUGUUAUCAAUUCUUGCACCAAUAUAUUGCUAAAUGCUUUAUAUGAAGCUGACUGGCAAGAAAAGUAGGAAUUUUUGUUUCAGAACAAGUACAGUGAUAAAGAGUAAGUAAUAAUGCUAACAUGGGUUUACUUUUUUAAAAAAUGAGAAGGGAUUGAAUAGUCAUCUGAGAAAGGGUAGUUUAUCUGUCUAAUCUAUCAAAUCAUUCAGCAAAAUGGUAAGCUAUUGAGAUAGUGUUAUUGUUAUUUCUGGGGAUCAAAUUUAGAUUAUCAUCAAUGACAAACAAAUUGUAAUGCUUGUUCUAAAGUGAAAGUAAUCUCUGGAUUACACUUUAGUGAAAAAAUAAUUUUAAAAAGUGCUUAUCUGCUAUAAAUUUGCUUACUUAUCUGAAUUAAAAAGAGAUUCUGAUAUAGAAGCAGGACCAGACAGGUCAAUUUAUUUUAGAAACUUUGACUUAACUUUUGCUUUUAUACAGUUAAGCACAGUGAUGCAUUCUAAGAACCAAUUCUUCCACAUUUUUACAAUAAAUAAUGUUAAAAACUCU